AUUCAUAUCCAAUGUUACUGGUAGCAAACAAAGUGGAUUUAAUUCAUUUGAGAAAAGUGACGGAAGAUCAAGGACGCGACUUGGCUGCCCAAUUAAAGAUCUCUUACAUUGAGACAAGUGCCAAAGAUCCACCACUCAAUGUGGAUGCUGCCUUCCACGAAGUAGUUCGAAUCAUAAGAAAUUUGCCGCCGCAGACCGAUAAAAAGCGCCGCCGUGAAUGGUGGAAAAAUAGAAAAUGCGUUCUUCUCUAGCGUAACGUCGAUUUUAAAUCCGGAGAAAAAUUACGUUUUCGUGUGGAAUGUUAAAAGUUGAAAACGAAAUGUUAUUCUGUCAUUCGUGCGAAAUCGUAAAACUAUUAAAAAAAAAAAAAAAAAAAAAAUAUUGGUAGUCAAUUCUAAAUUGUUGUUGCCUACAGUUGCUUUGUGGUAUAUACAAUAUAUAUACUGUAUGUAUUUGUGCAUAUCUGUUUCACGUUUUCCAUUCGAUUAUCGAAUGACGACAAUACGUUCCUGUAAAUAAUUUAGUUGCAGAAUGAAUUUACGAUGUAAAAAAUUUCCAAACGUGGGAAACCAAUUCAGGAGAUUUCAUUUUGAAAUUGUUAAUUGACGAGAUGCUAAAUCAAAAUAUUUUCCUUUUUUAUUUUUAUUUUUUUUUUUCAUUUUUAAUUGUUAAGCAUAAUACGGUUGUAAUUAUAGUUAUGUACGAGGACAUGAUGUUCCGCGUGUUGAUGGAGGAUGAGAUUUUACAAAUUUGAAAUUGCAGCCACGAGCGCAAGUUUUUUGCCUACCAAGGAUUGCUUUAUCAGUUAGCUUACGACGAAACAGUCCCGCAGAGUUAGAGAACGGCAUGUGCUAAAUUUUAUAGCCUCUUGAUAGCGAUUAACAUUCAGAAUAACCAAAGUUAUUAAUAUCCUGUCAUUUUCAUUCGUCUCCGUUGAUUGGUACGGCAAAAAACUUAAAUUUCAAACGGAUAAAUAUCUAAUGUAGUAACUCUAUCAAAGAUAUCGAGUACCAAAGGCAAUUUUCGUUUACUAAUAGCAUCGCAAAAGGCGGACGAGCGGGAAGAAUUUCAUUGACACAGUUUUGGACAUCACAAUAUCUAGAUAAUCAUUUGCAUUUUGUAAAUACUGGUUCUAGUGCCAUACCAGUACCUUCUGCGAAGGAAAUUAGUUUAUUGUAUAUCUAUAUACCAUUUCAGAAUGUGAUGGUGUGUUUUAUUUGGCUUUUUGCCAGAAAUUUCUUACUGAAAUAUACUGUGUGUAUGAUUAUUCAUUUUAUAUACUUCUGUGAUUUAAAGGCCAUCUAUUCUAAUUAGUCGUUAUUUUGCCGAGAGUAAUCCAUAUGUUUUCGACGUUAAACGAUUCUUUCAAAGAGAUAAAUUCCAUUUUCUAUCGUGAUCCUCUCGUUGCAGCUGAAUUAAUGUAUGUGUUGAUUACUGUUGUAAUCAUGUGAAAUUUUCUGUAUUUUGAAAGAAAGAACUUAUAAUGAAUAUAAAUUUCUUUACAAAA